CGUUUGAAACGAUGCCUUACUUCCGGUGACGCCAUAUAUUUUCGCAGCUACUGUCAUUUUUUCAUUAUAAUAGCAAAGGCAUGGCAAGGUUUGUAAUAUUCCUUUCUAUUUCUGCUCUCUUGAUUUUGUCAAGUGUUGCUGCUCCGUUCAGUAGUGAUGGUGAUGUUAUCGAAGAUGUACAUAAUGAAAUAAUGGAAACUCUUGGUCAUAUACUUGAUUCUGAUACUGAUACUGAGGAGUAUAGGAAAAAGAGAGAGCUCCCUUCAUUUAACAGCCCAUCUUUACAGACAAGAAAAGAAUCUGGUAAACUUGAUGAACACGCUAAUGACGACGUCGAAGACAAUGAUGAAGUGCGUCAGAAGAGGAGUAUCUUUGAUGAGAUUUCAUCCAUUGGAAGUCUUACUGACUCUCCUACGUCCAUGCAGCUAGCAAUCCACAACGAAAUCGAUGAUAAUAAUGACAAGGUUGACGAUAAUAAUGACAGAUUAGAUGAUGAUGAUGAUGAUGACAGAGAUGAUGAUGAUGAUGAUGAUGAUGAUGAUGAUGAUGAUGAUGAUGAUGAUCAUGAUGAUCAUGAUGAUGAUGAUCAUGAGGAUCAUGAGGGCAAUAACCGAAGAAAGAGAGAUUCCGAUAUACAGAAAGGGGGAGAAGAAGAGAAAGCUGAAGAAAGAGAAAAAGGAAAAGAAGAAGAAGAAGAAGAAGAAGAAGAAGAAGAAGAAGAAGAAGAAGAAGAAGAAGGAAAAAAAGAAGAAAAAGAAGAAAAAGAAGAUGAGGAUGACAUGGGCUUUGAGAAAAACGAUAUAGAAUCGGGAGUAAAUGGUGAUGGUGACAACGAUGACGAUUUGCUGUUAGGAAGGAAGAGAAGAGACGGAGAUUCAGGCGUCGAUGAUCAUGACAUGAUAUCAUACCGGAGAAAGAGAUAUACAGAUCCAGAUAGUGAUGAUGAAGACGACGGUUUUGAGGCAACAUUGCAGACGAGGAGGAGGGUUACAAAACCCGAUCAGAAUAAACCUGUAGCUGAUGUCAAGGUAGCACCCGUUGAUGAAACAGGCCACGUGUUAAUAACUCAUACAGUGAAAGAUGCUAUCGGAGAGGAGAGCAACGAUAAAGACGACGGCGAUGCGCAUAGUGACUACAUGAAUUCGAAGCGGAAAAACAGAGAAACAGAAUUAGAGCUGAAAGCAGUAACUCAAAACAAGGUUACAGAAAGCGAUGAUUCGGGCGAUGUUCCAAUGGUCCGAGCAGUGGGAGACGUCAGCCAUGAUAAUGACAACGAAAACAGCGACGACGAGUAUGAUAUUAUGAGGAAAACGAAAGAUUUAAAAACAGAGGUAGACGAUAACGAUGAUGAUCAGGAAAAAGAGGAAGACGAUGAAUCUGACGAGAACGAUGAUGAUAGUAAACCAGUACUACGGGGAAGACAGGUUUUAAGUGAUGAUGAGGAGAACUUAGAUGAUGACGAAAACAAUGACGACGAUAAUGACGACACUUCAGAAAGACGGAAACGUGAAGCAUUUGAAAACUUUAUCGGCCUGGAUGAUGACGAUAUUGAUGACGAAGAUGAAGAUUAUAUAGGCAGAUUAAGGAGAACAGCUCAUGUUAAACCCACCUCCCCUGCUCCAUCCAAUAACACUGCUGUGACUCCGUCUCCAUCGUCUGAAGACCUGCUCCAAUCUCUUCUACGCCAGUCGAUAUCCAUGCGCGAUAACGCGUCGACAUCAAACGACGACGACGACAAUGAAACUUUCGACGACGAUGAUGAAGACGACGAUGAAGACGACGACGACAAUGAUGAUGACGAAGACGACGACGAAGACGGCGGGGGCCAUGAUGAUAACGCUUCAAAUAAGAAAAAGGAAUUAGAAAAACAACUUCGAUCCAUUAUUGAUACCAUGAGUAAACAGAAGCGAGACGCACCAGAUUAUGAACCUCAAUAUACCGACGUAGAUGAUGACCUCGAGCAAAAUGACUUCCUUAUUGAAAAAGAAGUUCCUUCGAUCAAGCCCCGUAAUUCACAAAAACACACACGGAUACACAUCUCUGAACCAUCUGACUUCGAUAUCAAUGAAGAUUCAAAGAAGUCUGCUACAGCCAUGGUAGAUGUACACCCACACCCACCGGAAGUAACAGUUCAACGUACAAGUAGUAAUGACGUUUCAAUGGCAAAAACGAAAAAUAUGGGAGGGGAACCAUCGGGUCCUAUAGCAACAAAGAGCAGACUUGAGCAGCAAUAUUCGGCGUUCUUUACGAAAAACGCCAAAAGUCGUGUCACCUGGGUGGAGCCUAAGAUGAUGCAGAACUGUUGGGCACAAGCCAUGCUAGCCUCGCGCUUCGGAUAUUCGCCCAGUUGUAACUCUGAUGGUUCUUUCUCGCCAAAACAAUGCUUCCUGGAAAGAUGCUGGUGUGUCCAUAGAGACGGAGGUCCCCAAGACUCGAACGUGAACUCACGCUUUGUGUACUCCGUGGCGGCCAUGAUGUUGGAGUGUACGCAGAAUCCAUAAACAAUGCUCGUAAAACUUACUUCAUGUCGAUGUUUGAUGACGCCCAUUUAUAGAAUCGUGUGUGUAAUAAAUUAAUGGUAAACAGCAA